GCAGGUCCCUCUUCAUCCACACCCGCGCGCGAGAACAACACAGGUGAGGCAGCAGCGUCGAGGGACCCAAAGUCCAAGAAUUCAACCCCAGAAGUUACUGUUCCUGUGCGCGACAGGGAAUCCUUUGAGAGGUACAACCUGGAGAGGAUCAUGGAUAGAGACAAGCUUGCCACGGCAGCCCUGAAGCAGGCGCAAGACCAGAUUGAGCAGUUCUCCAAGAGGCGGCGCAUGGAGAUGACCGACUACCGCGCUAUUCAAACCGACUACGCUCAGGCAUUUCCUCACCGGAGGUUAUAUGGCGUAGGGUAUAAUGGCUUUGGCAACGGCCACACCGAGACCUCGACACAGCCUCGCCUCAUCUACCCCAAGGACAAGCCCCGGCCUGGCAACCGGACAACGCCAGCGCUACCCAAGCCUAGCCGCAAGGACAUGAAGGAGCAGGCCGAGCAGUACGAGGAGCUGGUACCGAUACGGGUGGAAAUCGACUAUGACAAGGUUAGGCUGCGCGACACCUUCACGUGGAAUCUCCACGACAGACUUAUACCGAUCGAUGUGUUCUCUGCGCAGCUUGUGGAGGAUAUGGGUAUCAAGAUGCCGCUCGACCGCCCCGUCUGUGAGCAAGUCCACCAGCAGCUGCGGGAUCAACUUCAGGAUUUCUAUCCUAUGGUCUAUUCUGAAGAAGACGCCCUCGACCCUGAGCUGCCCUACUCGGCAUACAAGAACGACGAAAUGAGAAUAUUGAUCAAGCUCAACAUCACAAUUGGCGCCGUCACCCUUGUCGAUCAGUUCGAAUGGGAGAUCAAUAAUCCCAUAAACUCACCCGAAGAAUUUGCUCGCGUUAUGGCGCGUGAUCUGUCGCUAUCGGGAGAGUUCACCACAGCGAUAGCGCACUGCAUCCGAGAGCAGACGCAGCUUUUCACCCGCAGCUUAUACAGCAUAGGCCACCCAUUCGAUGGCAGGCCGGUAGAAGAGCCAGAUCUCGUGGCUGCCUUUCUUCCCUCGCCGCUCCCGACCGUGUUCCGACCGCAGCAGCAAGCGAAGGAGUAUGCGCCAUAUCUUUACGAGAUGGAUGAGGCCCUCAUGGAGAAGAACGAGGGCGCAUUCCUGAGAGAGCAGCGGAAGCAGAAGCGGUCGGUGAAUCGGCGUGGUGGUCCCCAGCUUCCCGAUCUCAAGGAGCGACAGAGAACGAUACGGACUAUGGUCGUAUCGGAGACCCUGCCUGGCGCGGCUACAUCCCCGGACAAGAGCGGACUCUACAAACGAGUGGGAGGCACUGGUGGUGGAAGAGGCAGGAGAGGAGCUGGCGGUCACGACGGCGCCUUCUCAGAUACGGACGACAGCGAUGAGUCUGGCCCAGACUCUCCAGCACCGUCGCACGUUCCGACCGGCACAGCUCGCACGAGAAAUAUGCGCGGUGCUGCAACUGCGGCGCAACAAAAGAUGGCCCACCUGGGUCGCUCAGAGACCCCCGAAGUCAUCACGUCACAUCAUCACGAAACCCGAGUAUCUUCGACUAGGCGAUAUGGCCGCGAAGUCCAGGAAACUCCGGACGAGCCACGAAACCACCUAGUCACCAUCAGGAUACCCAAGAGCUAUGAGAAGGUUCGACAUCUGCUCUGGAGCUUGAAGACCGGAAAGCCACUCCCAUCAGGCUCCCAGACGCCAGCUCAGACACGGGCAGCAAGUGCAUCCACACCACAGAGCCGCAUGGCGCCCCCUCCACCGACGCCCUCAGCGUCAAAACCAAGCCUUGUAAAGGCUCCGAGCAAUGCAUCCAGCGCAACCCCGCAGCCUCCACAGCCUCAACUCGGUCGCGUGCCCGCACCUCCCCCUCCGGCUCAAGGAGAGCCUCCUCUUUCUGCUGUAAGUCCCUCUGCACUCUGUGUACCAUCCACACAGCCUCCUCCUCCUGACUGGCUCAAUGCAGCCUUGGACGGGCUCCGUCAAAUUUGGAAGUUUGACGCCUUCGAGGGGACCAUGCGGCACUGCGCCGUCCACGCCGAUAGCGAGAUCAUCAUCAUCCCAGCUCUGCAGAUCCCACCAGGCUCAGCACCGCCGCCAAACGUCAAAUGGAUGUUCCUGCCCAGGAUACGCUGCACGGACUGCCCCGGCAAGCUGUACACUCCAGGCCCAGGGGAGUCUGCCGAUAACUUUGCUGUGCAUCUAAGAAACAAACAGCACCGCGAGAAGGUCAACAAGCGAGUCGGGAAGGAUACGGUGCCC